AUGCAGAGCGAGGACGAGGACGCGGACGCGGGCCAGGAGUCCGACGGCGAGCAGGUCGACGAGUUUCCCGAGAUUGACACGAGGAGUGACAGUGAGGAAGAAGAAGAAGAAGACGUUGAUGUAGAGGAGGGCGACGAAGACGAUGAAGAGGACGAAGACGAAGAGGACGAGGAUGAGAGCGAGGACGAAUUUUCCGACGCUAGCAUUCAUCCUUUCCCGAAAGCCAAAACCGUCGUUUCUGGCAUUACUGGUCAGCCAAAACGAGUAUAUCCACCGAUAGAGCCGGACUACGACUCGGACUCGUCUACCGAAGAUAUCCCCAACCGUGUCGGAAAUGUCCCUAUGCAUUGGUACGACGAUCUGCCACAUAUAGGGUACAAUAUUAAUGGCAAGAAGGUCCUGCGUCCCGCACGAGGAGAUGAGCUCGACAAAUUCCUGAAGACGGUAGAGGACCCAGAGACAUGGACAUCUGCUUUCGAUGAGAAAGCCCAGAUGGACAAGCCUCUUACGACCGAUGAACUGGACCUCAUUCGCCGGUUACAGGAGAAUGAGAAUCCUGAUGCCGGCUACAAUCCUUACGAGCCUACAGUGGAGUGGUUCACAGGGAAGGGAAAGGAGGAGAUUAUGCCGUUGUCCGCUGCUCCAGAGCCAAAGCGUCGCUGGGUACCCAGUAAGUGGGAGAAGCAGAAGGUUAUGAAGAUCGUCCGUGCAAUUCGCCAAGGCCGUAUCAUACCCAACAAGCCCAAGACAGCCUCUGAUAAGCCUCAGUUCUUCAAUAUCUGGGCUGAAGAACCUUCGAACCAGCCCCCACCGCUCCCGGCACCUAAACCUCGUCUUCCGACACACGCCGAGUCAUACAACCCGCCAGAGGAAUAUCUGCCAACGGAAGAGGAAAAGAAAAGUUGGGAAGAAACUGACAGGGAAGACCGCGAGCGCGAAUACCUUCCCCAGAAGUUCCCCGCCUUGCGACUCGUGCCUGCAUACAACCAAUUCAUCCAGGAGCGUUUCCAAAGACAGCUCGACCUAUAUCUUGCUCCGCGUGUUACGCGCACGAAGCUGCAAAUCGAUCCGAACAGCCUCGUCCCGAAACUGCCCAGUCCGAGCAGCCUCAAGCCGUUCCCUGUGUACAAGUCUCUCGAGGUUAUACACGACAAAGGCCGUACACGCAGCGUCGGCAUUAGCCCCGACGGUACAUGGGCCGCGAGCGGGGAUGAGAACGGCGUUGUCAGUGUGUGGGAGGUUGUCGUUGGCAAGGUCGUCAAGAGCUGGAAGUUCAAAGGCAAGGUCGGUGCAGUUGAGUGGUGCCCUCGCAUAGACGUUUGUUUCCUGGUUGUUGCAACCGAGGAGCAGCUACACUUCCUCACCCCACCCAACUUGCCUACCUCUGUCCUUGUAGCAACACAAGCAGCGCUUGCGCCAGCUCAACUUCCUCCUGCUCCGACCACUCCAUCGCCAGUCAAGUGGCAAUCGAUCUCCGCCGCAGCAUCCACAUCUGACUCACCGAUUCUUACUAUCAACCUGCCAUCCAACUCUGGCAUGCCGAAACAGGUGGCAUGGCACAGGAGGGGUGACUACUUGGCGACAGUUGCAAGCGGCGAAGGCCAGGGUGGUGUCUGGAUUCACCAGAUUUCACGGAGGCAUUCGCAGGCACCAUUCAAAAAGGUCAAAGGCGCUGUGCAGUUUGUCCUAUUCCACCCCACGAAGCCACACUUCUUCGUUGCAACACAGCGUUAUGUUCGGAUAUACAACCUUGCUGAGCAAAAGCUACUCAAGACGCUGCAGCCAGGUACCAGGUGGAUUUCGUCGAUGGACGUACACCCACUGGGAGACCACCUGAUUGUGGGUGGCUACGACCGCAAGCUGUGUUGGUUCGACCUCGAGCUCUCAGACAAGCCAUAUAAGAUCUUGCGAUACCACAGCCGCGCGAUCCGCAGCCUGCACUUCCACCCGACAUACCCGCUAUUCGCGUCGAGCAGCGAUGAUGGCUCGAUUCAGAUCUUCCAUGCGCGCGUGUACAACGACCUCAUGACGGACCCACUCAUCGUUCCGCUCAAGAUCUUGCGUGGCCAUCAGGUGCGCGAAGGACUUGGUGUGCUGCAAGUUAAAUGGGUAUCGAAGCAGCCCUGGCUGGUCAGUGCCGGGGCGGAUGGUCAUGUCGCCGUAUGGUGUAGCUAG